CGAUAACCUACCUCCAAUCCGCAGGGUCGCUGAGGUCGGUCGCCGCUAAUAUUUUGGUACCCGACACCAAGUGACCUUAUUAUGAUCCAUAAUAUCCAAGCGAACCUCCGAUGGAAUCCGCGCUAUGCUUCUCAAGCAUUAUCGAUACAGCAAUUGCCUAGCGAAGAGGGGUUGUUAGCUCCCUGACGCUGCAUUCCUAUGCACGGAUAAAGGGGGUGAGAAUCACAACCGGUGCCAACAAAACGUUAUACAUUUCGUAUUUCGUAACUUUGCGGAAAUGAUGCCGUAAGAGAAUUGUUUAUCGGAAUUUUGAAUAUAGAAAGUGUUUUGGAAAAAGUAGGAACUAGUGUAACAUAUAGCGUAUCGAGAUUACGGGACGAUCUGCAUCAGGAGGCGUUUCCCCGUUCUGCUAACAUUCAGUGGAAAAAAAUAUCUUUCUAGAGUAUUGCCAACAGUUCAGCGAGAUGAUCAUCAAUCCAAACGUAGCUAAAGAAAGGAAAACUCUCGAGGAAAGGGUUACGCGCGAAGGCAUGGAAUUGUACAAGAAACAAAAAGAAUACGAAAGAAGUCGGAAAAUACAAGAGCAGAAGGAGAUGAAAGAAAUGUUAGAAAAGUAUUGGCCGUGGGGUAAAUGCGGUGAAAGCAAACCAAGAGGUUUAAGAAACUUAAGAAUGGAAGAACUAUUUCCAAACCAAGAUUAUAUUAAUGCUCAACGUUUCGUAGGCACCGUCGACCUUGGACGAGGUGGUGGAGGUGCCCCAGUGAUAGCUGGGGGUACAAGGGUGACCAAAACGAAAGUCGAUCCUCUCUUGAGGUUUCAGUUUGGUAGCAAAGACCUGAGAAGAUGCGUAGACAACACUUUGCGGUACAGAACAAACAGGGAACAACAGAUGCAGUACAAGAAGGAACUGGAUCUGUUGGUGGAAGAGAAGAAACGGAAAGAAUCCAAAGAGAAGACGCUCAGCAAACGUGGUGACGAAGAAGGCUGGUCAAACAACGAAACCCUGAAAAACGUCCACGACUCGAAGCCCGAAGAAUCGAAGAAGAACCCGCACAGCCAAUGCAAGAUCAGCAUUCCAGGAAAGCAGAGCAACUUUAUCUUUUCGGGAGUGAAGAAUAGCCGAAGACUCUCCUCCUUAUCUGGUGAUAAGGAAGAUGAGGGAGUCGAUCUGGUCACGUUGCUGGCCAAGGACAGGCAGCAAACCCAUAAGGUUCCCUUGUGUAGUUCUGAUGUUACUUCAAUGGAGAAAAUUGGGAAAACUGGAGUCUGGAAUAAAACUAAAGAAUCCGAGGUCUACUUGAGAGAGCUAGCUCAACAAAUUAUACAGAAGCAAAACACAUACAAGGAAAUUAAGAAGAAUGAAGCAGAGACUGCAAUACGUCACUUUUCCACUUGGGAGAGCUUUUGGGGGCGACCUGGUCAUGGAGCCCCUCUUCCCGAAUGCAAGAAGCAAAGGUUGGAUAGGUUGCUCUAUCCAAAACUUCCACCCAUAGGAGUACAUUAGACUGAAUAUGUCAUGUAAAUAUUUAAUAAAAUGC